AGCCCUAAACGGCCACAUAGGCGAAUGACGACCCGGUGGAUGCAAUUACGGAGAGGCGAGAAAUAGCGAUUGAUUGAAGAUUGAAGAUUGAAGAUUGAAGUGGUUGUUGAGCGCUCUUGAUUGUUGUCUCUUCGUCGAUCGUGUCUUUUGUGUUGUGUUGGGAUGGCUUUGAAGUUUCUGAACAAAAAGGGAUGGCACACAGGGAGCCUUCGGAACAUAGAAAACGUGUGGAAAGCUGAACAGAAGCAUGAUGCCGAACAGAAGAAGUUGGAGGAACUCCGCAAGCAGAUCCAUGAGGAGAGGGAGCGCUCUGAGUUUCGCCUCCUCCAGGAACAAGCUGGCCUCCUUCCCAAGCAAGAAAGAUUGGAAUUCUUGUAUGAUUCUGGAUUAGCUGUAGGAAAGGGCAGCUCUGAUGGAUUCAAGGCACUUGAAGCCCUACCCAAGACUGACCCUCAAAUGGCCUCCUCUUCUUCCGGCAAGCAGCAGCAGCAGCCAUCUGUGCCAGGAGCUUUAUUUGAGGAGAAGCCUCAAUCUGCCAAUGAUGCCUGGAGGAAGCUCCAUUCAGAUCCAUUGCUUUUGAUUCGGCAGCGAGAGCAAGAAGCCCUAGCUCGUGUAAAGAACAACCCGAUCCAGAUGGCCAUGAUUAGGAAAUCUGUUGAAACAAAGAAGCACAAGGAGAAGACAUCUGAAAGUAAAAAGUUCCGAGAGAAGCAUCACAACAAGAAGUCGAAGCAUCAGAAACAUUCGUCGUCUGAUUCAGAAAAUGUUGCUGUUGAAGUUGAAGAAAGAAAAAAUUCCAGUAUUCACAAGAGCUCAAAAUACGAUAAGCAUUUAGACAAGGUAGCUCCAAGAUCAGAAAGAGAAUUAAGGGAAAGGAAUAUUCAAAGAAAGAGGAAUUUUGACAAGGAUAUAAAGUACCAAGAGCUCUCAACAACUGAAAAUGAUGGAACUAAGGAGGAAAUCAAUAGGAAUCAUGACAAAUUAAAACAUGAAAAAUAUUUUUUGAAAGGCCAGAUGGAUUCUGAAUCUGGUAGAAAGGAGAGGGAAGAUAGACACUCUUGUCGAGCAAGCAUUCGUGAUUCUUCUGAUAUGGGGCCACGGCGUGAAUCACACCAUAAGCGCCGGUAUAAUAAUCCUUCAAAGCUUUCUGAAGAAGAGAGAGCUGCUAGACUGCAAGAGAUGCAAAUGGAUGCCAAGUUGCAUGAAGAGCAAAGAUGGAAACGUCUAAAGAAGGCUGAUGAGAAUGAUGCACGAGAAGCUAUCAGUGCGACGAACUAUUCAUUUAUUUGGGUCAGGAAUUUCUUGGAUGCUGCUCAAAAGAGUGUAUAUGGUGCUGAGAAGGGGGGAAGCUCCACUAUAGAGGAGAGUGUUCGUCGCCGAACACAUUAUUUACAGAGCAGGUCUGAAGUCGGUGAAGGCAAUGCUUUCCGGCGUUAAGGCACUUGGUUGUUUUUGUUUUUAGUAUUUCCAUGUGUGAUUCUCCAUUCUCCACUACGACAUAUGUACCAAGCUUAAUAAACUUUAGGUGUAUUCUGUUGUAAGGAGAGAUGUAAUAACUACUUUCAUUUUAUGUUAUUUUAUUUUUUUCUGUUUGAAGUAAAGGAUUUAAUAACUACGCUAUAGGUUUCUCAAAUUAAUAAUGUUUUGGUUGCUAA